CAUUCAACCCAACCGGACACAAGAUUAACUUCUCAAAUCUCACUCGUCAGUGUUUGUCUUCUUCGCAUAGCAGAGUUUAGUGGCUUUCUGAACUUACGAAUGAAGUGCCAAAGAUUUCCCUCAAUCUUUCAACUGCCCUAGGAAUUCAAUGGCUACACCAUUUUUAGCUGGCCUUGCUGUAGCUGCUGCAGCUCUUGCCGGCAGGUAUGGUAUCAGAACAUGGCAAGCAUUCAAGGCACGGCCCCCAAAACCCAGAAUGCGUAAGUUCUAUGAUGGUGGUUUUCAACCUACAAUGACAAAGAGAGAAGCUGCUCUGAUAUUAGGCAUCAGGGAAAGUGCAACUCCGGACAAGGUGAAGGAAGCACAUAGAAGGGUAAUGGUUGCAAACCAUCCUGAUGCAGGUGGAAGUCAUUAUCUGGCUUCCAAAAUAAAUGAGGCAAAAGAUGUUAUGCUUGGGAAGACAAAGGGAAGUGGAUCUGCAUUUUAACACAUUUUCAAUAUCUUAAUUCUGGACAUUACCCCCGAGUAAGAUUCAAACUUCUCAUUGGUGCUAUAUAUUUAGUUCCUGUCAGAAAUUGCAAUAAAGAGUGGCAAUGAAAUACCGUAUAUGGUGGCAGAAGUGUGUUGUACAGUUUUUGUCGUUGUUGUUAAUUAUGCUAACCUACGUUACAUUUUUUAUGACAUGAAGUUCUGGUGGCCGCCUUAAUUUGUCAUUGAAAUGAUCACCAUUAGAGUGAAAGCCUCAUGCUCAAAAUCCUGUUACUGCCAUGA